UGUCCUUGGUGUGGAGAGGAUUUGGAAACUGCUCGCUGUUUCACCAGUUGAUCAGCCAGUGAACACACCAUCAUCUCUGCAAUGCUCGCAGUUGAAGACGAAUCUUGGUGGCCAUCAGCCAGGAGGGACGGGCACGGACGCCUGUCAGCACCACCACCACCAGUGGAGCACGGCGAGCAUGGACAGCGCCCAGCGACCGGCGUCGCUGCCGAAGGAGCGUCUGGACGGGGUUCCCCCUUGGCUGAGGGCGCUGGCGUGGCAGCGGAGGUCCUCCGGGUGCAGGUCGACGAUGGGGACGAGCUGGCCCGUCCUGGGGUCGGCGCAGGAGGCCUCGCGCGCGCGCCGCUGCAGCUCCUGCGCUGCGUCCAGCCGCACCGUGUGGAUCUGCAUGGUCUCCCGCAGCCAGCGGCGCAGCCAGUGGCCCAGCCACACCAGGUCGCAGUCGCAGGCCCACGGGUUGCCUCGCAGCACCAGUCCGCCUGCAAAGCGACACGCCGACCGAUCAGCGCUGGAUCCCAGGCACGUCUUUGGAAGGGAAACACUGUCGUGUUGGAAUGUGAAUAUGCACUUGGUACAGCGAUCUCAUUGCCCAUUUAAUACAGUAUAGUAAUGACCCUUGAUUUCAUUCAAAUAAACAUAUGAUAAAACAUUCCAAAUAACUUUUUAAAACUAUGUAUGUUAGUGUCAUUUUUUAAAAUUUAUUUCUACAGAAAUAUCAAGAAUUUUAUAAUAACACAUAUAUUAAUUGUGUACACUAAAGUUACAUAAUAUGAAAACGUAAAAAAAAGUGGGACUUUCCCUUCUUACAAUUUAGGUUUGCCUCCGGCAAAAAACUAUUCCUGUUUUUAAGACUGAGUUUACUGAAUAAAAAAAAAAUAAAAAAAAUAUGAUGAACUGGAAGACGUAAUGUCAUAAAAUCAAGUUU